CAUUUCAUCCUGCGGUUCUGCAGUCUUUGCUAUUCAGACUGUUGCUCAGUUGGAAUGCUUCUGUGGGGCCGAUCCUGAGGUUCUGUAGAUAUUUUUUAAGGACCUACCUAUUUGGAGGUAUCAGUGGCCGUUUUGCAAGAUCAUCUGGGGAACAGGAAAGCAUCUGAAAUCUACUGAAAAGGAUAACUGUAGCGGUUUUCACAGUGGAAGGAAACUAUAUUGGCACAGAGCAGAUGAUUGAAUAAAGUAGUUGGCUCAAAGAAGAUGCACAGUCUGCUGUUUUUUCCUGUGAAUGAAGACUAUUUAAUGGAAGCUGUAUUCAUGUGGAGAUCAAAGGAAACACUGGAAUGAUAAACUACUGGGCUUUUCUCUCUCUUUUUUUAAAUGAAAAGCCUGAAGCAGUAAUUUGAGCUCAAAUGCCUUCUAAUUCCUUCGCAGCCUGCCUGUUCCGUUAGGAUCCUCUGCUAACACUAUUUCUGCCUGGUGCUGUGCCCUUUUGCUGGAGCAGCCACAGACAACUGCCUGAUGGAGAAAGAAUGAACGCUCUGCCUUGCUUAUGCUAUCGAUGGGAAUAAAGCUAUCUGUGUUUCUUCUUUAUAUGGGAUAUCUGGAUUAAUCAAGCUGUAUUCUAGUACCAAGAGUCCUAUUGUCUCUUGGGGUCUGACUCAUCGCAUGUAAAUGUACUGCAGCUUUGCUAUUAAUGCAGAGUGUUGUUGUUUUUUUUCUUUCCCAAACACAGAAAGAAUUGUCAACCUCUGAGCUUCAUUUUAAGAAUUUAUGCUGAGCUCUAGAUAUUUUUUUUUCCUCUGGAUAGUAUCUGCUUUAAACCAGAAGCUGAAGAAAUGAAGACAAAUUAGAAGUGGAAACAGAAUAGUGAGAUUUUUUUUUUUUCCCAAUUAUAAGCAAGUCAGCUACUGGUAACUAUAUGACCUUGCAGGCAAGAGUGGGUAUAGCUAUAAUCCUCUCUGUCACAGUAGUUGUUUCUCAUUUCAUCCUGUAUUGUGUGGUGUUGUCACCCCAAACAAUAAUCUUUUUAUGCAAGUAAAUUUCUGUGAGACAGAGAGCAAUAUGAUUAUUUUGGAAAGGGAAAAAUAUUUUUAGAUGAGCUUGUACUGGACUCCGUUUUAGUUAGUGACAUGUUGAUAUGAAAUUUCUUUUAAGUAUUACAGUAACCCAACAGAAAAUAACAGAAUUUUGUUGUUUUUAGGAAGUUAUGUUAUGUAGUCAUAAUUUUAAACUUCAGUUUUUCUGAUAGUACUUACUAACUUUAAAAAACCAGCUGCGCUGUUCAGAGAAUGAUCCUAAGUGUUGUACAGAAGAGGAGGAAAAACUAUUUGUGCUCUUCCAACUGUGACUUUUAUCACAUAGCUUGGAAUUUAGUGUUUUAAAAGAGCGAAUGAGUCGAGUGUGUAUUGUUGUUUUGGAGGAGGUAGAAGAUGAAUCUCCUGCAUUCAUUUCUAAAUUGCCACAGGAAAAUAAAUCCCUACAUUCACCACCACCUUCUGGAAGUGUAUUGCCAUCACUGGUGCAAGCUAUAUUUAAUGGAGAUCCUGAUGAAGUUCGAGCACUAAUAUUUAAGAAAGAAGAUGUUAACUUUCAGGACAAUGAAAAGAGAACUCCACUGCAUGCUGCUGCCUAUCUUGGAGAUGCAGAAAUCAUUGAACUGCUUAUUUUAUCUGGAGCUAGAGUUAAUGCCAAAGACAGCAAAUGGUUGACACCUUUACACAGAGCAGUUGCAUCUUGUAGUGAGGAAGCAGUGCAGGUACUUUUGAAGCAUUCUGCAGAUGUUAAUGCUCGAGACAAAAAUUGGCAAACCCCUUUACACAUCGCUGCUGCUAAUAAAGCUGUAAAGUGUGCUGAAGCUUUGGUACCUCUUCUGAGUAAUGUAAACGUGUCUGAUCGAGCGGGGAGGACCGCAUUACAUCAUGCAGCUUUUAGUGGACAUGGUGAGAUGGUCAAACUACUCUUGUCUAGAGGUGCCAAUAUUAAUGCUUUUGACAAGAAAGAUAGACGGGCAAUUCAUUGGGCAGCAUAUAUGGGUCACAUCGAAGUAGUGAAAUUACUUGUGGCACAUGGAGCUGAAGUGACAUGCAAGGAUAAGAAGUCUUAUACACCUCUUCAUGCAGCAGCCUCUAGUGGAAUGAUCAGCGUGGUCAAGUACCUUCUGGAUCUUGGAGUUGAUAUGAAUGAACCAAAUGCCUAUGGAAAUACACCUCUUCAUGUAGCCUGCUAUAAUGGACAAGAUGUUGUAGUGAAUGAACUUAUAGACUGUGGUGCUAAUGUAAAUCAAAAGAAUGAAAAAGGAUUUACUCCUUUGCACUUUGCUGCUGCAUCAACACAUGGAGCGUUGUGUUUAGAGCUUCUAGUAGGCAAUGGGGCUGAUGUCAAUAUGAAGAGCAAGGAUGGGAAAACCCCACUGCACAUGACUGCCCUCCACGGUAGAUUCUCCAGAUCACAAACCAUUAUCCAGAGUGGAGCUGUAAUCGACUGUGAGGAUAAGAAUGGAAACACCCCUUUGCACAUAGCAGCAAGGUACGGCCAUGAGCUGCUAAUCAACACUCUUAUUACAAGUGGUGCUGACACUGCAAAGCGUGGCAUACAUGGAAUGUUCCCCCUCCAUUUGGCAGCUUUAAGUGGUUUUUCAGAUUGCUGCAGGAAACUUCUUUCUUCUGGAUUUGACAUAGAUACCCCAGAUGAUUUUGGCAGGACCUGUCUACAUGCAGCUGCAGCUGGAGGGAAUUUGGAGUGCCUAAACCUUCUGCUGAAUACUGGUGCAGACUUCAACAAAAAGGACAAAUUUGGGAGAUCUCCACUUCACUAUGCUGCUGCCAACUGCAAUUACCAGUGCCUGUUUGCUCUUGUGGGAUCAGGAGCAAGUGUGAAUGACCUUGAUGAAAGAGGAUGCACACCCCUGCACUAUGCAGCUACAUCAGACACAGAUGGCAAGUGCCUGGAAUACUUAUUAAGAAAUGAUGCAAAUCCAGGGAUCCGUGACAAGCAAGGAUACAAUGCAGUUCAUUAUUCAGCUGCUUAUGGUCACCGUCUAUGUCUUCAGCUGAUUGCAAGCGAAACUCCUUUAGAUGUUUUAAUGGAAACCUCGGGGACAGACAUGCUGAGUGAUUCAGACAAUAGAGCGACAAUAAGCCCUUUACAUUUGGCUGCCUAUCAUGGUCACCACCAAGCACUGGAAGUGUUGGUACAGUCUUUGUUAGAUCUUGAUGUGAGAAACAGUAGUGGAAGAACACCCUUAGAUCUUGCAGCCUUUAAGGGCCAUGUUGAAUGUGUGGAUGUACUCAUUAAUCAGGGAGCCUCCAUUUUAGUAAAAGAUUACGUUUUGAAGAGAACACCUAUACAUGCAGCAGCAACAAAUGGUCAUUCAGAGUGCUUACGGCUACUAAUAGGAAAUGCAGAACCACAGAAUGCAGUUGACAUUCAAGAUGGAAAUGGACAGACUCCUCUGAUGCUGUCUGUUCUCAACGGGCACACGGACUGUGUUUACUCACUGCUGAACAAAGGAGCAAAUGUAGAUGCCAAAGAUAAAUGGGGAAGGACAGCAUUGCAUAGAGGGGCAGUUACAGGCCAUGAAGAAUGUGUAGAUGCAUUACUUCAACAUGGUGCUAAGUGCUUAUUUCGAGAUAGCAGGGGCCGGACACCUAUACACUUAUCAGCUGCCUGUGGACACAUUGGUGUUCUUGGAGCCCUUUUGCAGUCAGCAGCAUCUGUGGAUGCAAAUCCAGCCAUAGCAGACAAUCAUGGAUAUACAGCACUUCAUUGGGCUUGCUACAAUGGUCAUGAGACAUGUGUAGAACUCCUUUUAGAACAGGAAGUUUUCCAGAAAAUGGAGGGAAAUGCUUUCAGUCCUUUGCAUUGUGCCGUGAUAAAUGACAACGAAGGUGCUGCUGAAAUGUUAAUCGAUACAUUAGGUGCCAGCAUCGUGAGCGCCACAGAUUCAAAAGGAAGAACCCCUCUCCAUGCGGCCGCCUUCACAGACCACGUAGAGUGUUUACAGCUGCUGCUCAGCCAUAAUGCUCAAGUCAAUUCUGUGGACUCUUCUGGGAAAACACCUCUCAUGAUGGCCGCAGAAAAUGGACAGACAAAUACAGUUGAGAUGCUGGUUAGCAGUGCUAGUGCAGAUCUGACUUUACAAGAUAACAGUAAAAACACCGCCCUCCAUUUGGCUUGCAGCAAGGGUCAUGAAACUAGUGCCUUGUUAAUACUGGAAAAGAUAACAGAUAGAAACCUCAUCAAUGCAACCAAUGCAGCCUUGCAAACACCUCUGCAUGUUGCUGCCCGAAAUGGGCUAACGAUGGUGGUUCAGGAACUUUUGGGGAAAGGAGCAAGUGUGCUUGCAGUAGAUGAAAAUGGCUAUACCCCAGCUUUGGCCUGUGCUCCCAAUAAGGAUGUGGCUGAUUGCCUGGCUCUCAUUUUGGCCACCAUGAUGCCUGUCUCAUCAAGUAGCCCUUUAUCAUCCCUGACAUUCAAUGCCAUUAACCGUUAUACCAACACCUCAAAAACAGUCAGCUUUGAAGCCUUGCCCAUCAUGAGGAAUGAACCUAGCUCCUAUUGCAGUUUCAACAACAUUGGCGGGGAACAGGAGUACUUAUACACCGAUGUGGACGAGCUCAAUGACUCUGAUUCCGAGACCUACUAAGAGGCUGAGCCAGAGGUCUAAGUGAGGAGUUCUGACGCUAACGCUUCAGAUUGUGCUUUUUCAGGAAAAAGGCACUUUCUUAUUCACGUACAAAUUCAACCUAAAAGGAGAGAUCACAGAGUGAGCAAGUAUGAGAAAUGUGAUACAUUAGGAAGAAGAGUUUUAAAGGCAAGUUUUGCAAAAGGAACUUCUAGUAUCUUGAAAUAGACUUGACCAGAGAAAAACACUUUGAUGUCAAGUUACUUUGUGGAGUUGUUUAAUUUGGUUUUGCAGUGCCAGGAAUAAUUUGGGACACUGUGCACCCUAAUCUGCUUACACAAGCAACACUAUUCUAAAAGAAGAGAUAAGGACACUAGAUUAAAAAUUUACCAAUAAAACUACAACUAAAUUUAAGGGCAAUAAAAGUUUGGUAUAGUAGGCAUUAUGUGCACAGCAAAUUGCCAAAGGACCAAGUAACUUAAAAGUUUUUUAAUAGAAUGCCAUUUUGUGGAAACUGGAAUAGGUGAAAUGAGACAUUAUCUAAACCAAACUUUAAUAUUUCUGAAAAUGAAGCUGAGAUUUGGUUUUAAACGUUGAUUUUUUUUUUUAAGAAAACAUCUGAAAGCCUUCGAAUACUGUAUUAAACCAUGAGAGAAAGCAGAUGUAUUUUUACAUUUUUUCUUUUACAUAAAAAUUUAAAAAUUCCAACUUUUAUAAUAUUAGAAUUAAAAACCAGCUGACUGAGUGCAGUCAGGGUGAAAAUACUGGUGAUGUAGACAUGAGAUAGAUUGGAGUCGGGCUGUUGUUGCCCACUUUUGAAUGGUUUAGGUUUAAAAUUGAACUAUUUUUGUUUCAAAAUGUAAAGAAUUUCUUAGAAGAAGAAAAUUUCGUGAAAUCAAAAAAGUAGAUUAUUUUCACCCUAUUGCAGCUAUAUGGUCCUGGGAAAUGGAGUUUUCAACCUCACUACUUUGGAUGGUACAGCUUUGUCUCUUAUGUUACUUUUGUGCCUCCACAAUGGAUUGGGGGAUUUUUGUUUUCACUGUUUGGUGAAUAAUCAAAAGAAAAUCCCUUGUUGUUGAUACGUUAACAUCAUCGGGUCUCUUGGAAGGCAUUUCUGUAUUGGGUCCUAUUCAGAUUUAAACAUGCUACUACUUGGGGAAGGAAGCAGUUGCCUGCCGAAAUGGAAGACUGCCUUUCAAAUAACAGAAAGGCUGAUGUUUAGGUUUUUAAAUAACCAUUUAUAUGGUUCUGCUUUUACUGUAACUGUCACUUUCCCAGUAAGAAUGAUUUCACGUAUGUAGGGGGUGUUACAGAUCUGGGUGAAGUUCCAUAAAUUUUCACAGAAUGAUACCCAAUUUCAUUUUAUCCUUUUUGUAUUGUGCAACUGGAAACUUUAUGACAUUGUAAAUUAUCAGCUGGUUUUUCUGAAUAUAAAGUGUGAAAACACAGAACAGUAUUUUGAUCUAUUUGAUAAUUUUGUGGGGUUUUUGAAGAAUUAAUGAGCAUGUACAUAGAAAUAGUGACUGCUUGAAUACUGUAUUUACUUGCACUCUUUCAGUACAUCAAGAUACCUGUAUAUUUUAGAGUAUAAUAAAACACAGAUGUGAGUUGUAUUUAAAGAAUAAUGUAUUUGUAUCUGUGCAUAUUACCUAAAAAUCUAUAAAGUUUCUAGGGCAUUGACUACUAGAUUUUAAGCAUUUUUUUUUCUAAAAUAUUUACAGAAAUUAUAAAUGUAAUCCUCCAUCUUUUCUUUAUAAUAUAAAGAAGUCAUAAUGGACCCUUCCUAAUUGUUAGUGGUAGGAAGGUGAAUAUGCAUUUUAAAGACAGUGGACUACAUUUUCUAUUGUACCUUUUGAAAAAAAUGAAAAAAAACUCAAGAGGAUUCUAAAAGUAUACAUAUGUGUGCUUUCUCUUUCCUUUUAGGAAUUCUCUUCUGAAUUCCCUGAGGGAAUUUUCUAGAAUCUCAGAAUUGAAAGAGACCUGAGGUUCAUCCAGUCUAACCUCUUAACAAAAUGCAGGAGUCCCUUCUACAAGGGUGAUCUUUCCACCUUGAACACUUCCAGUGACUCUACCUCACCAAGCAGUCCAUUCAGUUGUUGAGCAGCUCUAACUGUUAGAAAGGUCUUCCUUAGAUGGAGUUGAAGCCUCCCUCCCGGUAACUUCUGUCCUUGUGCCCGGGUCUGUCCUCCAAGAGAACGCUGAGAACGUUGGAAGGAUGAAUCUUACGCCCUCUGCCAUGUCUUCUCUUUUACAGGCUGUUUGACUUACCUGCUGAAGUGAUUUCCAGAAGGACUCAUUAAACACACUGUUAGAUUUAUCCAUCUAAUGAAAUCCAAGGUGUAGCUAUAAAGUAACAAGCUGUUUUUAAUUUCUCCUCACACACACCAAAACUUAGAUCUUGCAUCACUUUAUGUAAAUGAUGCCACUGCUGAAAUUGUUUGUGAGGUGGUUAUUUCAAUUGCUUGCCCACUAGGAAAUCUGUUUCCUUGCUUUGUGAUCGCAUUUUGUGAUAGUCUGUCCCCAACUGAUCAGCCAUUUCUUUGGUCUGAACGUAAUGAGGGGAAAUCCCAAGCUACUGGUCCAAAUAGGAUUUGAGCAGCACUAGUAUGGUUGGAGUACAUACACGGACAGCUUCAGUGAAUGAACACAGGGCCACAGUAAGUUCCUUUACAGUUACACCUUGUAUGUUAAAAGCAUUCAGGCCCUGCUCUGAAGUGGUUUUUAUCCUCAUACAGAAUAGAAGAGCCUGUUUGCUUUUUUAACUUCUGCAUGGAAGAUGACAUCUGAAAUAUCUGAUGUGUAUUAUAGUAAAACCAGCUUCUGCUCUAGAACUACUUUGGGGGAAAUGGUGGUAAUAGCAAAUGACUUCCUUUAACAAGACACUCAUCUCAAACAGUGCCAUUUAGUUCAGGAGAUCUCUAAGUGUAGCUGUCAAUUUGGGGUUUAAUUUGGCUUAUAUUGGACCUUUUAAAUGAAAUAAAGUUUUUUAAUGCAAUAAAUCA